AUGCUAAGUGUGACUUUUCGUCGACAACCAAUUACCUUUUUGUCAAGAAUGACUUCCACUUUUUCCGCGGAUCAGAAAAAGAUUUUCAAGUAUCAACCACCGGUUGAUAGAUCGAUGACCAAACUAGAUCGGUCGUUUUUUGUUACGAAAAUUCCGCUUGUCGUGGUGCAGUUCCCUGAUCCUCAAGAUAUAAGUGUGUUUUGCAACAAAUUCAACGACGAGAUUCUGAAAAUACCUCGCAUUUCGCGGGUAGUCAAAUUCGAGUCAGAUCCGAAUGCACAGGGUCCACCACUGAAAAAGGCUAACACUGCCAAUAACGAUAAUCAUAUCAAGAAGGGAGUACUGUUGAAGGAGUCAAUUACCGCUGUAGGACAAGUGAAACAACAAGUUUCGUCGGACGCGUUUGCGUUUUUGGAAGAACAUCAAGCUGCUUGCGCGCCUUACCAGUACGUUCUGGACUACAAUUUCUGGAAAGCAGAAGAGAUUUUCCGUGCAAUUUUGCCCGAACAGUUUCUUGAUGAAAUCCCCUCUGGUUUUACUGCGACUGGCCACGUAGCUCACAUUAACUUGAGGUCUGAGUUCAAACCGUUCGGAGAAUUGAUCGGACAAGUACUGCUGGACAAAAAUAGCAAGAUAGAGACUGUGGUGGACAAAACGGAUACGAUUUCAAGUAAGUUUCGUACUUUCCAGAUGCAGGUUCUGGCGGGGAAACCCAAUUUGGUCGUAGAACAGCGUGAAUCAGGGUGUAGCUUCAAAUUCGAUUUCAGUAAAGUUUACUGGAACUCGAGAUUGCACACGGAACACGACCGCUUGAUUCAAAAAUUCAAGCCCGGAGAAUGUGUCGGAGACGUUUUCGCAGGCGUGGGUCCCUUUGCGGUUCCUGCCGGAAAGAAAGGUGUCAUUGUGCUAGCCAACGACCUGAAUCCGGAAAGUUACAGGUUCUUGAACGUGAACAUUUCCGACAACAAAGUGGCCAACUUCGUUUCAUCUUACAAUCAAGACGGACGCGAAUUCAUACGGAACAGCCCUGGGCUGUUGAAUACGCUGCGUGCAGCACACCCGGAGGCUAAAAUCACGAUACCGGGUGGGAAAAAAUACAAAGAUCGCGCGACAGGCGAAACAUUGCGCACGCCGUCGCGCUCGGUCACGAUUCCACUUUUCCUCCACCAUUAUGUGAUGAACCUUCCUGACAGUGCGUUGACGUUUUUGAACGAAUUUUGCGGACUUUACUCGCGCGAUCCACAAGUGGCCGCCAAAUUGCAAGCCAUACCGGACCUACAACUUCCCUGGAUCCACUGCCAUUGUUUCGAAAAAUUCGAGCACGACGAGACGCCAGAACCCUCGAUGCAGGAACUCCACAGACGUGUACACGCAAGAAUUUUGGAAAUUAUGCAAACUGAUAAAAAUGUUUUACCCUUUGAAGCGCUGCAAUUCCAUCUCGUGAGAAAAGUCGCACCUACAAAACCCAUGUUCUGCGUCAGCUUUCAACUGCCUCGCACUCUGGCUUUUGCUUAG